AUGAAGAUCAAGCGGCUAUUCAUCUACCCGGUCAAAUCUCUGCGGCCUGUGGAAGUCCAUGCCGCAGAGAUCACCAACGAAGGCCUUCGCUUCGACCGUCAAUAUGUCCUGGUCAAGCCGCCGACCAGCGAGACGCAAGGACUCGCCGAGCAUAUCACCAUCAAGAACCAUUUCGAUCUGGGCCUGUUCCAUACCAUGAUUGAUCGUUCAUGGUCCAAGCUCACCAUCACGCAUAUCCAUGCUGACGAGAACGCUGCCAUUACUCUACCACUGACUCCAUCUCCCGUGAGCUUGUUCAACGCACCUGUGUACCAAGUCAGCAUCUUCGGUACCAAAGCUCCGGGCAUCGAUAUGGGCGAGGAAGUCUCCAAGUACUUCACUUUCCACCUCGGAAAGCCUGUGCGCCUUCUGUAUAUCGGCGGCACUGGCCAACGAGAGAUUCCAGGUGCGGUCUUCAUGCCGAAGCACAAAUAUCGAGCACUUUCUAUCGCCGUCAACGACAAGCUGCAACCUCAACGAGUCAGAUUUGCGGAUGCAGCUCCAAUUCUCGUCACAUCCUCAGCAUCAGAGGAAGAUGCGAGAAGGAGAUUACCACCCUCCGCCCGUGGCGAAGAUGUUAUUGUCAGGUUCCGGCCAAAUAUCCAUGUCGAUGUGGGCAAUGAAGCCGCACCGUACGACGAAGAUCAAUGGGAUCUGCUGACCGUGCGGUCGAAAGCCGAUCCCGCACAAGAGGUGUCUAUACGCUGCUUGUUCCGAUGCGUUCGGUGCUUGAGCUUGAAUGCAGACUUAGCGAAAGGGAGCAUGAUCAAUACUAAUCGACAACUAUAUGGCUUAUUGGCAAAGGAUCGCAGAGUGAAUGAUCUAUUCCCACACAAGCCGGUAUUUGGGCAGUAUGCAUGCGCCGGUCCAAGCGGAGCUGUCUUGCGUGUGGGAGACGACGUCGAUGUCACCGAGCGCGUCAGCCGGCCUGUCUCGCCGGCCACACCAGGGUCACCAAUAACGCCCAUCAUCGCUGACGGAGAAGAGGCCAAGGUCAAGUGA